GAAGAGAAAAUAUACGUUGUAUUAAUUUCGAAUUCAUGAGACGUUAAAAGAGAACAAAGCCACGUUAUGUUUUAAUUUGAUACGGUCAUUACUUAUCGUUAGCAAUACCGCACAUGCGAAGAAGCCAUUGUAGACGAACGAUAUGCUACCUUUACUCCUAUCGCAUUUGACACCAGAAAUAAAUUAAAAAACCGUUUGGAGUUGUUGUAGCUCCAAUGCGCGACCGUUAUUGGAAGUACCUCUUUACGCGUGAACACUAAAACUAAAUAGACUGUAUUCGAAUAAAGAAAUCAAUCGUAAUUAAAAAAUUAUUGAUGUAGUAACCAUUUGUUUACAAAGCAGACCUCGUUAGAGGCGCUUGUUCCCGGAUACCUGUGACCGAUUUGUUAAUUACUUAAUGUACCAAGAAGAAUUUUCCAGUUCUCUGGACGUGAUUCCACGGCAGCGGAGUUUCGCCUGUCUUUCCUUGAAAUUUGGGAGCAUAUUUUCUGGUAUUAUUGUCAUUCUAUACUCAAUAUUGGCGCUAGCUCAAUGCCUCAAGUCCAUCCUCCACCUGCCUGAGGAGUUCGAUGUCAGCGACUUCAACGUGGCCUUCGCCUACACAGUCGUCAUCGGACUGACGCUGACACACUCUUUCACUUUGUUCCUGACCGCUAUCCUGCUGGUCGGGGUUAUUAGGGAGAAACUGAAACUAAUAAAGCCAUGGAUAAUCUGGACAUCCAUACAAGUCAGUAUCUCGGUCCUGAUGUUCGUUCUGUGGAGCACAACGAGUCUGGUCAACCACACCAGCGAUAAUUCGCUACUCCUCUAUGUCAUCGAGUUCUUGGCGCUUAUGAUUCGCUUCUACAUGCUCAUGAUAGUUGCGAGCUUUUUCAAACAAUUGGAAGAAAACGGUGAAGAAACUGAACGACUGAAGAGUUUGCAUCACAUCGAUAAUUGGUAUACAUCAGCUUAGAAAUUAGAUAACACGGAAAAAGCUAUUAAAUUGACAUGUUUCCACGACGCA